AUGACAUCGAAACAAGAUCAAGAUCAAGAUCAACAUAGAAAUCAAGAACAAGAACAAUUUGAAUGUUCUGAUAAAGUCACAACCCCAAAUGGGGGACAAACAGUAAUAUCCACUGAUGACACUUUGCAUACAAAUCCCAAUCACAUGAGUGAAACCAUCACAUCCUCUAAUAAAUCCAUUUCAGAAAAGUCAAAAUCUCAUUUCACUACAAGGGAUGAUGAAUCAAAGAAUUUUAAUUUUGUUUCGCCAACACUAAGCCAAGUAAGCAAUCAUUCAAUAAAAAGCCUUUAUUCAGAGAGUAUUAUUUUUGGUAAUAUUCCACAAGACGAAAUCGAUCUUGAGCGUGCAAAGACACGAGAAGAGGUAAUUUCUCGAACAGCGACCAGAUAUAUUGAUGAUAUCGUUCCGCAAGAACUUAAUAACGGUCUUCCUGAUGAUGGUGAAAAAGUAAAAGAUAUUGAUCCCGAACUAAUAACAUGGGAAAGUGAUUAUGAUACCCAAAACCCAAGAAACUGGCCCAAAAAGAAAAAAUGGCUGGCAGUAGGAAUUGUCGCAUCAUUUACCUUCACAUCUCCAUUUUCAUCAUCCAUUAUUGCACCAGCCAUUCCAGAUAUGGCAGCUGAUUUAAAUAUAACCAAAGAGAUUGAAAAAUCCUUAUCGGUCUCCAUUUUUGUUCUUGCGUGGGCUUUUUGCCCCUUGUUUUCGCUCCUGUUUAGAUUUUUAGCUGGAUGUGCUGGCGCUCUCCCAAUAUCCAUUGGCGCAGGAACUAUGGCGGAUCUUUUUAAUGAUAAAGAAAGGGGUGCUGCACUUGCUCUAUAUGCGUUGGGCCCUACGGUUGGACCUGUGGUAGCUCCAAUUAUUUCAGGAUUCAUUGCCGAAAAUACUUCUUGGCGCUGGGUUGUUUGGGUAUUAACAAUUUUCAGUGGAGCUAUUGCAGCAUUUGGCUUCAUAUUUUAUCGUGAAACAUAUGCCCCAGUAAUUUUAAAGUGGAAAGUAGCAAAGCUACGAAAAGAAACUGGAAAUCAAAACUUGCAUACUGUGUUUGAUCUUAACCAAGUACCAUUUAAACAACAGCUUUUUACUGCAAUCACCCGUCCUAUACGGCUUCUUUUUUUGCAUCCAAUUAUCCAGGGUCUAGGUCUUUAUAUGGCUUUUGUGUACGGUUUCCUUUAUCUUUUACUUGUAACAUUCCCAACAUUAUGGUCUGUUCAUUAUGGGUUUAACUUAGGAAUAACGGGACUUAUGUAUAUUUCUUUAGGAGUGGGAUUUUCUACAGGACUAUUGUUUUGGUCACGAGUGAUUCAAAAAACCUUUAUGAAACUUACCAAGCGCAAUGGGGGUGUAUCAAAGCCUGAAUAUCGGCUAUACAUGGUCCCAUUUAGCGCCCUAUUUUUAAGUGUAGGGCUAUUUUGGUACGGAUGGAGUGCGCAAGCUCAUAUUUUUUGGAUAAUGCCAUGUAUAGGGGCUGGUAUUUAUACUUUUGGUAUGAUAGCGGUUUUUCAAUCUAUCCAAAACUAUCUUAUUGAUAUGAACCCUAGAUUUGCAGCUUCAUCAAUGGCUGCUGCAAUGGUAUUUAGAUCGAUGCUUGGUUUUGGAUUUCCAUUAUUUGGAAAAGCAAUGUAUGACCGUAUGGGUUAUGGCUGGGCAAACUCAAUGACCGGUCUCCUAUGUCUGGUUUUAGGUAUUCCAUUCCCGCUUAUUGUUAUUAAAUAUGGUGAAAAAAUUCGUUUAUGGGCAAACAAACGAUUCACAUGA